GUGAGAUUAUAGUCCACAUGCACUCCCGAAACCAUUAUCCAAAGACAUUUUAAACUAAAGAAUUUUUCUUUCUUCUUUUAAUCAUCAAAUUCAACACCAAAUAUGGCGAAGCCGCAGAUCGUCGUGAAAAUCCCUCCAGCCUCCGAUGCGGAGGAUAAAAGCCUUGUCUCAACACUCACAGAUAUCGUCAACACCGUCUACACAAAAGCCGAAUCAGAUAUUUUCAUCCCAUCAUACCAACGAACUUCCACCGCCGAAAUCACCAAAUUUUUACGCAACGGCCAACUCGCAGUAGCUUAUCUCCAACCAGCCAACGAACCCAUCGGCUGCGUCUUCUUCAAACAAAUGACCCCCACCCUCGGCGAAUUCGGCAUGUUGGCACUCGACCUGCAGUACCAAGGCACCGGUGCAGGGCGUCAAUUAGCAGUCUUUGCAGAAGAUGAAUGCAGGCGACGAGGGUGUACGGUGAUGCAACUUGAGCUUCUUGUGCCGAUGACGUUUCAUCAUGAAGGAAAGGCGAGGUUGUUGGGUUGGUAUACGAGGAUGGGAUAUGAGCUUGUUAAGUUGGGGAAUUUUGCGGAUGAUUAUCCUGACUUGGUGAAGUUGCUUGCUGGACCGACGGAGUACAGGGUUUUUGAGAAGAGGCUUGUAUAAAUACGAAAGGCAAUUGAGUUCAUAACUGUAUUAUCUGAUUCCUUCGUUCAUACUAUUUGCAAACAUAGACCGAACUUGCAAGGCAAAUGUCAGGAUCUAGCUCUUAGCGUGAAUGUCAACAUCAUCCAGAAUAGCCUCAUUUCGCUUCGCAGCAGCAUCCCGCGCUCGCUUCAGCCGUCUCGUCGCAACAUCAACUUUCCAAGUAAACGACCAAGUGAUGACAUUCAUAAUAAUAGCCAUGCCAAUAAAGCCCAUCGCGAUUCCAAAAGACGUGGUAUACCUUGGUGCAAACCGAGAGUUGAAUAGCUGAGACCCGACCGCACCGCCAAUCUGGCCGUAGCUAUUGGCAAAUGCAAUGGCGAAAGCGGAACCGGUGGCGCCGUCGGUGGUUUGUACUCUCCAUGGCCACAUCAUUGUG